AUGGUUUCAGAUCUGGCAGAUCUCUUGGCUAAGGUGCUCCCCACCGGGGUUGAGAUCACCGUUCGACAUGUCUCCUCAACACCGACCCCAUGCGAAGCUCUCUUCGCAGCUGCCCCAGGCCAAGCCUCCGAGCCAACAUUCUGCGAAAAUCACUUCCUCUCUGUGUCAAUUGACUCCAAGGAUGGAGGGGAAAUCAUCAUUUUCGGCAUGGAGGUGAUGGUCUAUAACACGGCCCACCUAACCACCAUCUUUGUCUCAAAAGCCGAUUCGACAGGCCUCCUGUAUCUACUAAAACUGCCGCGCAAGGUCUCAGUCCUGAGACUGGUUUCAAACACGUUUCUCUCAUACCUAGCCCAAACGCGGCAACGGCCCGGGGUGCGUCUAGUUGUGUCGCUGUUCGCCCGCGCCCAGAAUCAGUACCUGUUCCCGGGCAGUAUCGAAAAUGCCGGAAAGCACGUCCUGGAUGAUCGGGGCCUGAUCAAAUGGUGGUGUCGCGCCGUAGACCCGAUCCUGCGCGAGCAUGAGCCUGAGUCUGCCCUUCAAGAGACAAAGACGAUGGACCAAGCCGUCGAGGCGGCCAAGGCAUCUGCCACCGCGUAUUUGAUCGUCCCAAGCUGCGAUCGCUUCGAAACGCGCAAUUUUUUCCCGCCUACGUCUAAAUCCGACGCGCAGGACCGACCGCGGUGGCUCAAUAGCUACCCGUUGAAACAGCUAUACCACGAUCCCUCGGCUCCUCCCCGAUGUUUGGUUCCCCGUUUCCCUGAUGACCCCAAGACUCGCUUCCUAAUUGAUCUUGACGGCGAGCUUCCCGAGCAGGAGGAAGGCCAGCCUGCUCCUCCUAAUGACGGAAGAUGGCGGAGUGUCAGAUCCCUGGAACAGUUCUGGGAGAUGAUGUCUUUCCGCCAGGAGUGCUCUGCUGGACGUCUGGUUGGCUUCUUAUGGCUAGUUAUCAACCCUCCCGGUCUGAUGAACUCGACUUCGAUGGAAAGCCGGACACGUGCCACUGAGACUGGUCAAAUCCCCAAUGGAUCGGAGGUGCCUGCGGCCACUAAAGAGGAUAAAUCACAAACCGAUCCCAGCAAGACCGAAGCACUGGAUACAUCAGCACCGGCAGCAGAUGACAAACCUGCCGCAGCUUCCAUUGAACUUCCCCGAGAUGAAGCAUCAAACGAUAUCAACCCCUUCGACUGGCCAGAGGCCGGGCGUGGACACGUUGUCCUCAGCGAAGCAGACUACAAAAAGAUGAUGGACUCCAUUCUAGAUCAUUUCUAUGACGAGAAAGAAGUCGUCGCUAGCACAAAAACAUACAUCGACCAGGUUGCUUCGCUCGCAGACGAGCUUACAUGGGGGAAGAAGGUCGUCGGCAGCAACACCGCUAGUAGUGAUUUACCUCAGCCAGCAGAAGGCAACGCCGGCAGCAACAAUGUCCUCGACCUCGGAUUAAUUCGCAAGCGCAAGAAGUCCCAAGGUGAAGGUAGCACUCCCGCUGUCAAUAGCCAAGAACCCAGCGGAUCAAGCGACACGUUCCCAGCUCCAUCGCAAGUGGCUCAUGUGAAUGUGCUCAACGCGAGUUUGGUUCGUAAGAAGAAGAAAACUUGA